UUCCUUAUAAAUAUUUGUACGCCCUCAUUAUCCAUCUAUUAACUUAUAUCUCAAAAUACAUUGGCUUUUUAUUGUUACAUCUUGGGUUUUGAUUUAGACAUGGCUGUGAAGAUGCAAGCUCAAAUGCUCUUGUUUGCAUUGGCUCUAUCCAUGGUUGAGUUCUCGAUAUGCCAUCUUUUGAAAGACUCAGUGAGUUGUCUCGACUGUCUUGACGGUUCUAACCUUGCAGGCAUAAAGAUACUAGUGAAGUGCAACCAAAUGGAAAACGUGGUCAUGGUUACAACCAAUGAGCAUGGUGCCUUUGAGACCCAACUACCCUCAAACAAUUGCCAAGCCAAGAUCUUGGGUGGACCUAAACAACUCUACGUCUCAAGAAAGACCAUGGUCACUAACAUCAUGAAGGUCGAUGAAACUGACUCCUACACUACAUCUCAACCGUUGAGCUUCUACACAUCAUGCCCUUUGUCACAAAAUCAUGAAGGGAAAUGUGGGACCCAGAAUGAUGCAUCCAAGACCGUUGAUCUGCCUUUGCCACGAGAAUGGGGGUUGGCCCCGUCGAGCUAUUAUAUUCCCUUCAUGCCUAUCAUUGGCAUCCCGUGAUUGUUUCUUGACUUUAUGUUCUUGUGUUUAAUAACUUGUUAUCUAAGUUUAUGUCGUGUGUGAAGUGACUUAUAUAUGUUAAGUUACUUAUAUAUAUGUUUAAGAU